AUGGCUCUAAGACGUAAUUUCGACGGUUAUUCAUGUGCGUAUCCACCUGCAACAUCAUUUCCAUCAAGUUCACCAUCAUCACCAAGAAGAUGUCCAAAUAAUUAUUAUAAUUCACCAAAUGAUCGAAAUAAAUGUCAAACAACAGCUUAUUCAUCAUCAUCAUCGUAUCGUACAUAUGGAAAUGAUACGGAAACAUUUCGUCCAAAUUAUUCACGUUAUAAUCUAAGUAGUAAUAAUCGUGCAUGUUCAUAUGAUGAUUUACUUCAUGAACAAAAUCGAUAUCAAUCAUCAAUUUAUAAUACAUGUAAUGCUAAUCAAUAUAGACAACAAAACAUAGCAAGACGUAGUCCCUAUUAUGAUUAUGAUGAUAAUGAUGAUUUAACAGUUAAAUCAACAGAUUUACCCGCACGAUAUGAACAAGAAAUGAUUGAUUUAGUUCAAGCAGGUUUUCGAAAAUAUGAAAUAACUAAUCAACGUGAAUUAGCUGGUUUUCUUAAACGUGCUGCAGAUCAAAAAUUUUCACCAUGUUGGCAUUGUAUUGUUGGUAGACAAUUUAGUUCAUAUGUAACACAUGAAAUGAAUGGUUUUAUCUAUUUUACAAAAGGUCCAAUAUCAAUUUUACUCUUUAAAAGCGGUGCUUAA